AAUUCAUUAAAUUCAAUGCUCGUUCAUCAUUCGGUUUAGUGAAAUUGUGAACGUCACAAAAUUUGUGGAAACCUUUUCCGUCGACUCUUACCACAAUCCAGCAAUCCUGCAACAAUGUGUCUGAGGUGGUGAGACCUUUCUUUUGCUCACCGACAAUGCAUCCCGGUCAAAAUUGUCUAGUACCAUAAAUAGAAUAAACCUAGAUUCUUUAGUGUAAUAGUACUGCAUUUAAGCAACCCGUAACACCAAAAGCGCCGUCUGGUGUAGAAUUGCGAAGGUGAGAAGAUGAAAACGCUCGGCUAGCUUAGAAACAGGCGACUUUGUUUUGUCAAAUUGGAUUUGACAACCGUCACUGAAUCAAUUUUGGUAGCCGUCUGGUGGCCAUGGCUGCCCAGGUAGCCAAAACGCUAUGCGGGUAGUACUCGAACUCUGAAAUCGCUCUCCUCUGAAUUUUACCAUUCCAAUACAGAAAUCUGGCGAAAAUUAUUAGUUUUAGCUGAAGUUCGUCACAAAAGAUAAGAAAAAGUCACCUUUGACGAUAAGAUCUUCACUAGUCAAUUGGGUAACAUCUAAAUAUCUGCAAUGGAUAGUAAAGGCAGAAAUGUUAUAGUUUGCGAUAAUGGAACUGGAUUCGUAAAAUGUGGUUAUGCUGGGAGCAAUUUUCCUGCUCAUAUUUUUCCAUCCAUGGUUGGUAGACCCAUUAUCCGAGCGGUUAAUAAGAUUGGUGACAUCGAAGUGAAGGAGAUUGAAGUCACUACUGCAUUACCUGAUCUAAUGGUUGGUGAUGAAGCCUCGCAGUUACGUUCUUUGCUGGAAGUAUCAUACCCGAUGGAAAACGGUGUAGUUCGCAAUUGGGAGGAUAUGUGUCAUGUGUGGGAUUACACAUUCGGACCAAGAAAAAUGAAUAUCGAUCCAACCAAUACCAAAAUUUUACUUACGGAACCACCUAUGAAUCCAACGAAAAAUCGUGAGAAGAUGAUUGAGGUCAUGUUCGAAAAGUAUGGAUUUGAUUCAACAUAUAUUGCGAUUCAAGCGGUAUUAACUUUGUAUGCUCAGGGUUUAAUUAGCGGAGUAGUUAUUGAUUCAGGCGAUGGUGUCACACAUAUUUGUCCUGUUUAUGAAGAGUUCGCUUUGCCUCAUUUGACCCGUAGAUUGGACAUUGCUGGACGAGACAUAACCAGAUAUUUAAUCAAACUGUUGUUACUUCGUGGGUACGCCUUCAAUCACUCUGCUGAUUUCGAAACAGUGCGCAUGAUGAAGGAGAAACUGUGCUACAUCGGUUAUGAUGUUGAGAUGGAGCAACGACUUGCCUUGGAGACUACUGUUCUUGUGGAGUCAUACACGCUUCCCGACGGUCGUAUUAUCAAAGUAGGGGGGGAACGUUUCGAAGCACCCGAAGCACUCUUUCAACCCCAUCUAAUAAAUGUGGAAGGGCAGGGAAUCGCAGAGCUGGUAUUUUCUACUAUCCAAGCAGCAGACAUCGACAUGCGCUCUGAACUUUAUAAGCAUAUUGUGCUAUCCGGUGGUUCAACUAUGUAUCCUGGACUUCCUAGUCGUUUGGAGCGUGAAAUUAAGCAACUUUACUUAGAACGUGUUUUGAAAAACGAUAGUGAAAAAUUGUCGAAAUUCAAAAUUCGCAUUGAGGAUCCUCCCAGACGGAAAGACAUGGUCUUCAUCGGAGGUGCAGUGUUAGCAGAAGUAACCAAGGAUCGAGAUGCAUUUUGGAUGUCCAAAUCUGAAUACCAGGAACAAGGACUGAAUGUUCUGAAAAAAUUAAGCGCAAGAACGAGUAAUUAGGAUAGUCUGCGAACUCAGAUAAAGUUUCUAAUGUAAAAGUUGUAUUUUAUAAUUUAUAUCGAUUCCGAAAUAUGACUAAAAUAUGUAAUGCAUUUAAACAACAAUUUAGUAUUUAAGCAUUUUCGUUAAAAUAAUGUAUAAAAAUAAACAUUAGAAAGUUCUCCUCUUGGAA